GAACUCGACAGUUCCGCACUUUACAUCAGCCCUAGUCUAUUUUGGAAACUACCCCUCAUAAAGUUCAAAUUACUUCUUGUAUUUUAACAACUCUCAAUUCUGAUUUUCUUCAAAUAAUUUGCAGAAAAAUAAACACACACCAGUUUUCAAAUACAUUUUCAUCUGUAAAAUUUCUAACAUCAUCUUUCAAAAAAAAAAAAAAAACUCCCCAUUUACAAAUUUUACAAUAUGCCUAUAGACUUUCAACUCUCUGCAUCCGAGGAUGGCAUCCGAAAACAUGCAGCUGCCUUCGCUGCUGGUCCUCUAAAAGAUAUCAAGAAGGUUUACUCCGCGAAGAAAGACGAGGAACAGUUCCAAUCAUUAAAGCCUUUCUAUGCUGGUGCAACAGCUGGGGGCAUGAUCAAAGGCUUGAUAGGACCUCAUAUUGGAGGAGUAGGUGGAAGUUUAACUGAAUCAACUAUCUUAGUCGAAGAGAUGUAUGCUGUUGAUCCUUCCGCAUCUUUAACAAUUUUUGCAACUGGAUUGGGGUUGACGCCAUUGAAUUUGGCUGGAAAAGAAGAGCACAAAGAAUUUUUGGAACCAUUUUUGAAUGGUGAAGGGGCACCAUUAGCAAGUUUGGUAUUCUCUGAGCCAGGAGGAGUUGCAAACUUCUUAGAGAAAGGUGCUCCGGGGCUCAACACAACGGCCACACUUGAAGGUGAUGAAUGGGUACUUAAUGGAGAAAAGAUGUGGGCUACCAACUGUGCAGGCUGGGACUUUGAAGGUGCAGACCUUCAAUGUGUAGUCUGCCGUGAUCCGAGUGUUACUUCAGAUGAACCCGCCGACGCAAUCAUGAUACUGCUCGUCAGUAGAGCUGAUAUCGAACGUAACGAAAAGGGCGCUUUCAAAACACUCAAACAUGUAGCAACUGCCGGACACCCUGCUUGCUCUGGCCCACAUAUCAAAUAUACCAACUUAAGAGUUCCUACCAAGAAUGUUCUAUGCCCACCAGGUCAAGGUGUUCCUGUAGUAUCUGGGUCAUUCGAUUGUUCUGCUGUUUUGGUCGGUGCCAUGAGUGUCAGUGUUAUGAGAGCCGCUUUCGAGGCAGCUCUAGCAUUUGCCAAAGCCGACAAUCGUAGAGGAGCAGAAGAUCUGUUGUCAAGACAAGCUUUCGCAGAUAUCCUAAGCGGUAUCAAAAUGAAGGCAGAAGCUUCCAGAGCUUUGACAUGGAAGGCAGCUUAUACUCUUGAGAAUGGUCCAGGUGAUUAUAACGCCAGACGUGAAUUGGCAUUGGCGGCGAAGAUUUAUUGCUCAGAAGAGAGCGUCAAAGCGGUUACAGAAGCCAUCAAUGCUGUUGGAAUAACUGCAUACAGUGCCGAGCAGCCUUUCGGAGAUCUAUUGAACACAGCCAUUGUCCUACCAAUUUUUGACGGUGGCAAUGUAGGCAUUCGUAGAAGACAUAUGCAAGAACUCAUGGCAGCAGAGUCAUAUGAUCCUUGGGCUUCUUCCUUUGGUCCAUCCAAAGCCCCGAAUUAGUGAAUCCGAGUUGGUUGUGCUGGUUACUUCGUGAGGGAAAUGCGAUUGCAUGUAUAUCGAGUUCUGCAAUCUAUGUGCCAAUGUAAAAAUAUUGUAAUUUAGAUAGACGUACAAAAUGAGCAUCAAAUGCCUUAUAAUUGUCACACAGAAUUUGGUGAUGGCCAGAGAGUGCAUAAUUGCCAAAAUCAUACCGUUAACGUUGAGAAAAAACUUUGACUGCA